GCGCCUGCGGGAAUAACUUCCGGGUCGCUGCCCGGACGAGGAGCGCGCGCCUGCGCAGUGUGCGGGGCCGGGUGUCGGGCGGUCCGCGGAGGCUGCGUUCCUGGGUGAAGGGGGGACCGGGACCGGGACCGGGACCGCGGCGGGGGCGGGCGAUCCCCCGCGGGCUCUCGCCGCCCUUACCAUGGCGAUCAGCCAGCUCCGAGCGCUGAGAGUGUGCACCUGCUUCGCCUGGCUGCUCUCCCUCUUCAGGCGGCUCAUCUGCAGGUCUGGAAGGGGUAGGAAAUUGAGUGGAGAUCAAAUAACCUUGCCAACAACGGUUGAUUAUUCAUCUGUUCCUAAACAGCCUGAAGUAGAAGAAUGGAGUUCCUGGGAUGAGGAUGGUCCAACCAGUAUUAAGAUUGAAGGGGGCAAUGGGAAUCUGACAACCCAACAAAAUGGCACUGGGGAGCCCGAAGAACCUGAUUACUUUAAGGAUAUGACACCAAACAUACGAAAACCUCAAAAGAUUAUUAUUAAGAAGAAAGAACCUUUACACUUUGGAAUCCCAGAUGGCACCAUAGGGUUUUCUAGUAGGUUGGCAGCUACGCAAGAUAUCCCAUUCAAUCAGCCAUCACCUGAACUGGGAGAUUUUGACACUUGGCAAGAAAAUACUAAUGCAUGGGAAGAGGAGGGAGAUGCUACCUGGGAGGCAGAAGAAGUGCUGAGGCAGCAGAAACUUGCUGAGAGAGAGAAGAGGUCAGCUGAACAGCAAAGGAAAAAGAUAGAAAAGGAUGCACAAAGGUUACUGAGAAAGGAACAGAACAAAAUUGCUGUAAAACUUUCAUAACUGUAAGUGAUAUGUGGACACGUCACUGUCAGGACAAUUGCAGUAUCUGUUACCUCCAGUGGUAACUAUGACCAGUAUAUUUGGCGAAGAAUGAUUUUUAAGUAAUUGCUACCGUUGUGCAGUUGAUCAGUGCACCUACAGUUUUGUUUGUCACCACCUGAUGCUUGGAAAUCUUCCUAGAUUACUGGAAAUCAUUGAGAUAAAGGAUUUUACAGUGUAUACAUUUUAUUGUCAGCUGUCCAAUCAGUGCAUUGUUGGUGCAGUACUUUACUGUACCAGCUUCUGAAAUCCAGGUAGAUUAUUUACAGUAGUCCUUCAGGGUUGAACAUAGGAAUAUUUGUAGUUGUAUGGCAUAAUUUAUCUGUGUGUAAGAUAUCUUUCAUUUGAAAUUAUAUUUAAGCAUUAAAAAAGUGGUCUGUUCCUUUGCUUGUCUGGAUUUACUAGUCAUCAUUUAGUUCUGCUAUUGUUAGACAAUGAGAUAUUACCAAUGAAAUCAAGGAAUUAUCAAAAAUAUCAGAGUUUGUGUUGUAUAUAUUUUUUAAACAGGUUCCUGAGAGAAUGGUAUGAAAACUAAAUACAUUUGUAUGUAUCUGGUAAAAUAUCUCCGAGUUGCUAGCUAGAAAUUUAAAUAGACCGUUACUGAAGCUCACUUUUAAAAAAAAAUUCAUUACUUUUGGCUUUCUGGAAGUUAGCAUUUUGGUUGAUUUACUGUACAGAUUAAAAUAUGUCUGCAGGAGCAAUGAAGAAUGUAACUAUUAUUAAGCUUGAUGUGUAUCUAUAUUUGCAUCUAGGUUAAUUGACACUGCUUCAAAAUUUGAAAUUUUAUGUAUUUAUUGUUCUGCAACAUCAGGCCUUUUUUUUAGGAAGCCAGCAGAAUUGGCUUGUUUAUUUUUGUUAAGCUGUUUUGCAUAUUUCUUAACUGCUUUAAAAUGACAUGUUGCCUUGAAUGCAGUUUGUACCUUAAAUGAAAGUUAUCCAUAUUCUGCUCUAAGUAGACAACCUAUUGAUAGUCUUAUAAAUUCUGUAAUCUAAAGUGAAAAGAACAUCUUUAAUAUUGUCCAAAAUAAGAUGAAACUGUUGCCUAAUCCACAACUGGAACACAUUUUUUUAAACUUUAUGCUGUAUUGCUAUUCCUGCCCACAUGUCUUGAAAUGUGCUAAUUAAAAGGUGCUUAGUCUACAACUAAAAUUCAAUUAACUGGCAAUGAGCAUACCUUUUUUUCCCAUAAAUAAGGUGCCUAGAUAUGUUUUACUAUUCCAUGCAUUCAGGUUUUUUGGACAAAAUUUCAAAGUAAAAAUGUAUUUUAUGUGAAGGACUUUUAGUAAUUAAAAAUAAUUUAACAUGAACCAUUAGUUAGACUUGACUCUGGUUCAAACAGGGUCUUUCCCUGCUGAUUCUGCAAAGCUGUUCCCUUGGCUGUGGUUUCUCUAGAUCAGAGUUAAGGACAGUGGGAACCUCACUCAUCCAUUCAUGCCUGUCACUAAUUACAUAACAAGAUAUUUGGUUACUUUAAUGUCUUUUAAGGUUUUUGCAUAGCUUGUCUACACACAUCUCUAGCAGAGCUAAAGGCCAGCACAGAAACUAGAGCAGAAUCUACCAAUGAGACAUGUUGACCACCAGGAAACAAUGGCUUGAGCAAUGACCAUUAAUUAACUGAUUAUUAUGUCAUAUGAUAUGUUUAUUUUUAAAAAAUGGUUUUAUUACGAACAGUUGUUAAAAAUUUACAAAAAUUGCCCUAUAGAUGGAAAUGCACUAUAUUAAAUUAUAAAAUAUCAAUAUUCAUAGAUUGUAAAACAUCAAUGUACCUUGGAUAGCUGCCUUUUGUGAUUGAAGAGGCAAAGCUAUUGGAAUACUUGACCUCUGGGCAGUUCACAAGUGAGUGAUUUGAGAACAAAUUUUCCUUGACACUGGUAACCAGACCAAAUAAUUCUACAUUCAUCACCUUUUAGCAAAACUGUUAAGAUUGGUUCCAUAUUGGCGUGUUUGUGUGCUUUUUUCAUAAUGAGCAGCUCCCGAAAGGCGCUAACUGUGGUGACAUCCACAAACAAGAAUGCUGUUUUCUUUCUUAGAAAUAUUGAUGAUCCAUACUGUCCCAUUGCCAAUGAUCCUAGGGUGCUUAAAGAUUGUCCAACCAUACUUCGAUAUCUCCUUCCUGUCUUUUGAUUCUCAGGAUCUUUAGUGCAGGGCAGCAACCAGACAGGUGACCCAACAAUUCAAGUGCUAGCCUGAUGUGUCUACAUGUUUUCUCAUGUACUGGCAUGCCCAUGGCCAGAUUACAAAUGACCAGCUGUGUAUUUUCAAUAAAAAUGAAUUAAUAAGAUUAGACUGUUUAACUGUUCCAUACCCUCUAAUUCGGGUGUUACAUUAUUUUCAAAACAUGAGAUGUUUACACUCUGGUGAGGGAGCCUUGCCUACCUCAAAUUCCUUGACUUUCCAAUUCUGCGUAAUUUUUGGUAGGCUCUUAUUAACACUGUCAUCACCAGAAUCCUCGACGUUGGUUCCUUUUUGUGCUUUGACAGUGUUAACCCUCUUAUCUCGUAAUUGUAGCAUCCAGAUUUAUGCAUGCAUAAGCAAAAGGAAGAGAUAGCAGGUCAUUUGCCUGUUUAAAACCUCUGCCGAAUCUCAACAACAACAAUGGGUUUCAUCACCCUCAUUGUUAACCAUUCUAGCACGAGGGCUAAAUCUUGAUGAUUUCUAUAGUUUUAGGUUUGCUGUAGAAAAUUAUGAAGCUAAUAUAAGAUAGUUCAGCCUUUGUAUACGGGCUGAACUAACAUAUUAGCUUUUGUGUAUGGGCUAAACUAACAUAUUAGCUUUAUCAUUACCCAUCAACUGCCUAGCUUGAGCAUUCUUCCCUGUACAGUUUUUGAAUCACUAAAUAUUGACCUCCUGCAUUUGGCAUACCUUUUCUGGGCAUCUGAGUUGUUACUGAUUCACUAGUCCUGUUACCAUCAAAACCUUUCCCUAGACUGAUUUGUCAACACUCCUUGGUAUCUUGUUCAACAACAUCAUAGAAAUAGAUGAAAGUAAGUCUAGAUAUUGUCUCCUAUUAUUCUUCUUACCAACCAGAAUUGAUGCUUUAUUAACUAGCCGAACAAGAGAUAGCCUAUCACUAUUCCACACCUACUGGUGGUUGCCUUAGCUAACUUUAUUUCUAGCAAACUAGAUGCUCCAAUAACACCUAUCAGCAUCCUCCUAAGGCAAUUCUUCAAAUGCAUUGACAGCUUCACUGGCCAUAUUCUCUACCAUUCCCAAUCUAAAUUGAACUACGAGCAAAGAACUUGGCUAUGUGACUCUUCUGAUAUUAGCCUUAGUAGUCAACUCACUUGAUAUCAAUGUGUUUUGCAUUUUUUCCUGCCUAUAAACUUCUACAGUCACUUUUUUUAAACCCUCCUCGUCUGCCCAAACUAAGGAAGGUUUGCUCUCUUACUCAAUCCAGCAGUCCUGGCUUUCAACCUAUCAGCCUUUGUGCCCAUGUAACAUUGUGGACUGCAGGCUGGUCAUAUCUCGCACGCUGCCCUAAACCCACUGAGAAAGCAAAAGCUUCAUUGAAAUAACUGUGCUAAAGAAGUUCACUCAGCCUUGUUCCCUCAGUGCGAUUGAUGUUAUUAAGGCCACCUUUACACUGGGAGAAGUAACAUGUUAGUGUGUGGAACAUUUCAAAGUUACCACACCUGGAGCUUAAAAUAUUAAUUGAUUUACAGAUGCUUUCUAUCCAUAUGCUUCACAAACUCAUUCUAAUUAGAAAGCUCUCCUUGCAUAUGUCAACUGUUUAAAAGGAGCCACAAUCUCUCUAUUUUGCUAUCAGCAUCCAGGACACUUGGGCUCCACUGGCCUCCUACAACCCUGUUCAAUGUAAGACCCAGCAUCCUUGCUAUUACAAUUACCAUUACCUCCAGAACCCCUGCCACUAACAUUACUUCCAUCCCUACCCUCUCCAUUUUUAUUCACAACUGCAUUUUCAUGUCCUACACUUGUUUGUUCUAUAUUACCUAGGUUUCCACAGCCAUACGUACCAACACUAAAAGACCUCAAAGUAACAAACCUAAAUUCAAGUAGGCUAAAAUGUCAAAAUCUGUGUUUUAAAAUAUCCUGCAUUUCAGCCAGGACCUUGAGCCUUGCACUGUCCUCACCAGCAUCUUCUGCCUUAACAUCAUGGAUAAACUCAGCUGGAGGAACUUGAAUGUUCAGGGAAACUUUAAAAAUACUAAAAUAGUCAUCCUCAGAAGUUUGUUUACCUGAAGUAGUAGCUACCCUAGCCAGUUUUGAGCAAGUCUUUCCACAGAUGUCAAGAAAGAAUCUUGUGUAGAUCUCGGUGGGGUUAUUGUUUGAGUUCCGUUGCAUUUGAGAGUGCCACUGAGGAGGCCGCUCGCCAUCAGUUCUUAAUGUCAGGUAGGCAAAGUCACUCACUGCCCAGCAACCUCUUGCAGAACACAUUAACUGGCAAAAGUCAUUGCCCAAGAGGAAUGCAUGAAGGUGGAGCAGACGGCUAUGAAGUUUGGUUUGCUGUGCCUUGUGGUAAUCUGAAUUGUGCUCAGUGGAUGGUGUCAUCACUUGUGCACACCUUGAUUAAUGCCCCCCAUCUCAGUAAUCUAUUGUAAGUGAUUUAUUGAAAAUCUCUUCUUUGGCUAGGUACGUAAUCAGUUUGCAGCUAAACAUCUUUUUCUGAUUCAGUGGUACUUAAAAAUAUGCUAACCACUUGUAUCAAAUUUGGUGAAAGUAUUGCAAAACUCAUGAAAUUAUCCCUUGUAUCCAGAGCUAUUCAAAAGUUUUAGUGUUGGCUUUAGACUGUAAACCUAAUACCUACAUGGUCACAUCAAAUACCUUUGGCUAUAAUUAUAAUAAUAUAAAUCACUUCUCAAGCUGGUAAUCAUUGAUCCAUAGAAAUUGUUUUCUUUGCCAUAAACAAUUUUUUUCCUACAUACUGCAUUACUACUUUUAGCGACCUUUGUACUAAGUAAUGUAAAUUGUAUAAAUUUUUUAUAAAUCUGUAAAAUACCUGUUUAAAUUAUUGUACAGUAUUAAAGAGGGCAGUUGAAAACUC